AAUGAGGUGCUACCCUGCUACUCCUGAAAAAAACUCCUGCUAUUCCUGCAAGAAUCAAAAAAUUCUGACAUGGUCAGAAUUAGAAUAUAGGAUAUUUGUAAUUGGGGACUGUGUGUUGCCUUGCUGGUUUUGUGUAGAAGAGAUUUUUUGUUUUCUAGUACAUGGUAAAUAAUAAAAGGAUUUUAAUUUAAAACUUUCAAAUUAAUGUAACUUCAUGAUAUUUGUUGCUGUGUCAUGGAACAAAUUUUGUUUAAAGUACCUUUUGUGAGCCCUCUCUGCUACAAAUAGCAAAACAAGGAGUGUGUCUUUGCAGAGGUGAGAGUGUCACUGUGGCCCAUUGUUGGUAAAAGGUUGUAAACAGUGCUUGACUCCACUGGCAUCCUGGGGCUGCAGGUCACAUUGAAAAUGCUCUAAAAAGAAUGGGGGGAAAAAAAGAGACAGACUCUAUGCUUUUAAAGUCUGGUUUUAUGACAACAGUGAGAUAAUUAACUGAUGAGAACUGGACUUGAGCAUUUUUGUCACUGCAUUUGAUAUAGAUCCUGAGACGUUGCUUAUAAAUGAACACUGGUAGGAGUGAGGGAGUUUGAGUCGUCUUUUAUGGCAUUCUGACAAAAAAUUACUACAACACAUACUUCAAAUCCAUGAUGGAGGCUGCAGAAUGCAUUGCUGCUGUUCUUCUGUUCUUUGCCUGUGACCAUAUAAAUCCAUAUAAAAGUGCUUUCAUAUUAGAACAAUAUGUGCAAGUAUAUUCCUCUGCAUCCAACUUUGUAUUGCUGGUGGCAGAGGGAAAGAAAGAAACUGCUUUUUGGGGGUCAGCACUUAAUGUAUGUUCCCCCACCACUGUAGCAGGAGACACUAGUGCCUUUUGGAAUAUGAGGGUGCAGUUCAGUAUUUUAAAUAUUCCUGUACUGAAGGUCCCCAUAAAUGUUUCCUUUUUUCUGUCACAGACAAAUUUCAGUAAAAAGUUCUUUGUAAAUUAAGUAAGUUUAUCAAUUAUACAAAUUUUUAAUAGUUGAGAUUUUUCUUGUGCCUUCACAUCACUGAGAAGCUGAGUUAGAUUUGUCUGUUGUACCUCAAGAUUUACUAGAGGAACCAUAGGGAUAGAAUUCUCUGCUUGCUCCUCUUUGCUGCUAAAAAUAUGUACAGUUUGGGAAAAUAUGCCUAGAUCUGACUUCUCCUGACCUUCUGUAAAUUCUAAUAAACUGUUCAGAGAACUUGAGCAGCUGCACUGAGGAAAUGUCAAAAAUAUCUCUUGGCACACUCUAACUUCAUCCACAGACUGGUCUUCCCUUUGUGAAAACAAAGACCUUUCUGUGAGUCAUUUAUAUUCCUUGUGGUUUUUUCGAGUAGUGCUUCUCUGAGGCAUUUCUAUUUUAUAUUCUUGUCAGCAGAAUCAAGGGCAUGCAAGUACAGAUGCUGCUGCAGCCCAUCAGCCUCUGACCAGGCUGCUCUGGGCUGCUGGGAAAGAACCUCCUGAUGGCACAGGCAGCAGGAGAGCAGGGAGGAUGAACUGCAGUUCUAAGGCAAAAAGCUGAGCCUGUUUUAAGAAAGAGAAGUAAUUUCAGAAGGAAUUUGUCAUUUCUGGAGAUACAAGUUGAUGGUGUCGCACGCUGGGGCACCACAGAUAAAAUGGCUUUGAUAGCAAAGUAAAGAGAGGUAUUGGAGUUUUCAUUCCUUUUUAUGGAAAACCAGCACUGUGCUGUGACAAAUUCCAGACAUGGCCCCAAUUGUCAAUAAGCCGUCUCUAAAUUUAGCCAGCUGCUACCAGCCAACUCUGUUCUAUUCUUUAGCUCAAAUUAGAACAACUGCUGUAUCAACAGCUUGGUUAAAAAUCUAUGUUUUAUUUAUUUCUCAUUCAUUAAUCUGAGCAAGUUGGUUUUUUUUUGGUCUUGUUUCAUUGUGGGGUUUUUUAAUCCUGAGGUCUUGUCUUGAGAGAUGAUACUCAUGGCUCAUGGCUGUGGGUGCAUGUUGGAUGCUUUCUCAUGCUACAUAAAAGCACAGGGUACCUGAAAUGUGAGAUAGAAUUAAAGCAGGGGUUUUGUGCCAGUUCUUCGUAGGUUCAAGUAGGAAAUCUUGCGUUUUCUUUAUUCUGAAGGAAGAGAGAGGUAAAAUAGAAGGAUUCUCUCUUCAUUCCCUCUGUUGGGCUGUAGCUGUGUUUCCAUGGAGGUUCUAGCAGGGUGACUUUUGCAAAUAACUUGUCUGGUUUGCUUUUGUUCCACAUUGUUGUGUUGCUUCAGCAGUGAUGGAUUGAAAUUGCAGCAAUAGUUAUAAACUUGAUUUAGCUGCAGUGAGACAAGAUGACUUCUCUGCUUUUUAGAAGUGGCAUAGUUUGGGGUUUUUUUGGCUGAGUAAGGAAAAGCAAAGUUCUCAUCUCAAGCAGGAAUUUAUUCUUGAAACAAGCAGUGAAAUUCCACGAUGAGAAUAGAUUGCCGGAGUUGAUCUCAUCCCCUGAAUGACUAAUUCUGGGUGGUUGUUUAGCAGACUGAACAGAAGAUUAUAAACUCAGAACCUAGCUUUGUUUCUGGAAACUCCUGAGUGAUAAAGAAGCUGGAGCAGCUCCUCCACAGGAUUGUCUUUACCCUGGGGACAGUGAUAUGGAAAUAAUCUGCCCUGCUCACAUCUCCAGACUGUCCGCAUAGCGUGCGGCUCCAAGGAAUUGGCAGCUCCCUCUUUCAAAGCUUCUCUCUGAGUAUUUUUCAAAUGGCAAAUAUCCAACAUUAAUAAGCCACAUAGCAGAGCUGGGAGGAGGCUGGCUGUGGGGGCAGCAGGAGCACGUUCAGCUUCAAACAGGCUUUUUAAUAGUCAGAACAGUGUACAAUACUGGAGGAAGAGAAGCUGCAGCAAGAGGAACGAAUGAGAAUGGAAUCCAGGCGGCAAGUCACGGUAUCCUGGGACUCAGGAGGAUCAGAUGAAGCUCCUCCCAAGCCCAGCAGACCUGGUUACCCCAGUCCCAGAUCCAGUGAAGGGUUUUAUCCAAGUCCACAGCAUAUGGUACAGCCAAACCAUUACCAGGUGUCUGGCUACCCUGGUUCUCAUGGGAUACCAGCCAUGGCAGGCAGCAUUUAUCCUGGGCAGGCUUCUCUCCUGGAUCAAGCAGAUUCCUGGAAUCACCGGCCUCAGGAAAUAUCAGUGUGGCAACCAAACAUGGAGGAUUCAGGCACUUUGGACAUCCGAGGGAUGAGCCAGGUUCUACCCACACACCUGAUGGAGGAGAGGUUGAUACGACAGCAACAGGAGAUGGAGGAAGAUCAGCGCUGGCUUGAAAAAGAAGAACGAUUCCUGAAACCCGACAUGCGGCUCUCCAGAGGCAGCAUUGACCGGGAGGAUGGAGGUCUCCAGGGCCCAGCUGGUAACCAGCACAUAUAUCAGCCUGUGGGAAAACCAGAUCACUCAGCUCCGCCAAAGAAGCCUCCGCGCCCCGGAGCCCCCGGGCACCUGGGCAGCCUCGCCAGCCUCAACAGCCCCGUGGACAGCUACAACGAGGGUGUGAAGCCAUGGAGGAUUCAGCCGCAGGAGAUCAGCCCUCCUCCCACGGCCAACCUGGACCGCUCCAAUGACAAAGUCUAUGAGAACGUCACCGGGCUGGUGAAGGCGGUGAUAGAAAUGUCCAGUAAAAUCCAGCCGGCUCCACCUGAGGAGUAUGUGCCCAUGGUGAAGGAGGUUGGUUUGGCACUAAGAACUUUACUGGCAACAGUAGAUGAGACCCUCCCAGUGCUCCCUGCAAGCACCCACAGAGAGAUUGAGAUGGCACAGAAGCUGCUGAACUCGGACCUGGCUGAGCUCAUCAACAAGAUGAAGCUGGCCCAGCAGUACGUCAUGACCAGCCUGCAGCAGGAGUACAAGAAGCAAAUGCUGACGGCUGCUCACGCCCUGGCUGUGGAUGCCAAAAACCUGCUGGAUGUUAUUGAUCAAGCCAGACUGAAAAUCAGCCAGUCCAGACCGCACUAAGCACUGAGGGAAGAUGUCAUCAGCCUCGGAAUUCUGCUUGCGACAGGAUGUUUCUUCACCUUCCACCAGCAGUGAGGAUUAACCCAGUGCAGUCCUGGCCUUCCAGUGCCUCUGGCUUCAGCAGACCUGACCAACUGCUGCUGGUUCUCUCAUUGCAACAGUUUAACCAAGUCUUUCUGGUAGGGCCGAGCUGGGCUGGAUUCAGAAGGUGGCAUUAUCAGCAGGGGAGGUUUGUACAGGAGCCUUCGGGCACUCGGAGCUGGGGCAAAGGGCAGGUCACACCAUCGCAUGGGACACGCUUCGCACUGAGCUGCCACCAUUGAGCUGCCACCGGGGCACGGUCUCGGAGCCAAAACUGGUGGAGCAGCAGAUGGGAGAAAGAUAUUGUGAAGAAUUCGGGGAAACCUCAGGGCUGAGAAUUCUUGCCCACAGUAUAUGAACUAUCCAGACUGGAAUUUUUUUUUAUUAGAACACUUACGUCGCAAUAUGCUAAUCAUGAUUUACAGAGAAAGAAUAAAAAGCUAUAUUUUCAAGACUUCAGUCAUUUCAAGACAAACUAAAGCCCUCUUCAUCUUCCUGCCUUUUACUUUCACGUGACUGUGUGAAGCAUUUGUUUGGAACUAGCUGUAGGACACAACUGAAGACUCGUCUUUUUCACCAGGAUAACGUGCCAGUUCUUUUGUAGCAAUGUUGUUUUCCUUGGAAGUGAAAAUGCUGCUUUGUACCAGAGCAAUUCAGAGCUGCAUUUAGAGGAGAUCUGUAACAAUUCAUGUCCCCCAUUUUUAUAUAAUUUAUAAAGACAGAUUAAAGCCAUGAUGACUAUUUUAAACCCACUGUAGUUAACUAACCCAUCCUUUUGUCUAUCUUGCCUGGGAGGAGUUACAGUAGAGCAGUGUAAUUAGAUUUUCCUUGGUUUUCCAGUUAUGCCAUCUGUUCUGUUAAAAUAAAAACCACACUCCCUUUUUGCUGUUGAGGGAUAUAAAUUAUUCUCAGGAAGAAUAUAAUGAACUGUACAGUUACUUUGACCUAUUAAAAAGGUGUUACCAGUGAAA